AUGCCACCCGUACAACUUGAUAAGCGAGACCUAACGAAGGCCGAGCUGAAGAAAUUUGGCAAUUCCCUGUGGCCUGCCAAGCCGGAAGAAGAUCCAACGGAAUUGAAGGAGUUGCUGGACUGUUGCUUUUAUCACUACGGAGAGGACGAUGACCAUGACGAAGCCGACGCGGAUGAGCAAUGGAAGAACUUUAGCGCGUAUACUCGCAAAGUGGGUGGAUUUGCCUGGCUGAACGCUUUGCAUGCCUUUGAUGGUGACAAGGUACUGGACACCCCUCUGACCUACGUGCUAUCGCACGAUCCGGAUGAAUGUGGUUUUGUCAGUUUUCUACUUCAAAUGGGAGCUGACGCCAACGUGCGCAACAGUUCUGGCCAGCCUCCCUUGUUCCUCUUUUUGAAUGCCGGGAUUGCAAAACGAUACCGCACCUUUUCCUUGCUAAUGGAAUCAGGAGCCAAUGACAAGGCGGUCUACGGCGGAAUGACCAUGGUACAGUUUGCCAAAGAAGUAAAGGAGAACGAUAGGGUUGGAAAAAUGGUUUGGGAGGAUUUCCAGCAAAAGUAUCCCGAGCAGCUUGGUACCAAACGACAGCGAGACUUCUAA